CACUUUCGUACUGAAUCGAGCGAUGUGUGAGUAACGAGACGCGAGAAAAAACCUGCAAUUUAGUGCUCCAGUCACACUUUCCAGUCUCUUUUCACCAUGAAUCCCGACGCCAAUUGGGAACCCUUAGCGGAAGUGCUGCUCACCUAUCCGCACGACAACUCGCAAGGACGCAUUUUCUGCCUUUGCAGUCGUGUUUUCAUCAAAAAUUAUUACGACAUUUACGCAUCGACGUUGGAUCGCGAAGUGCCAGACCGCGAAAAUCCCGAAGAAAUUAGCGAGGAAGGCGACGACCAAUUCGUGAUCGAACCAAGGAAUCCCAAAACGGCGGAACGUGUCUCGGAAAAGUGGAAAAACGUCACGAACAAGUUGAAUGACGAGGACGCCAACUCGUGUUAUUACAGUGCGAGCGCGUCGCACACGGAUAAUUAUUGCAGCACGGAUGAGCAUGAGUUGCAUGCGAUUCCGACACAAACGACGCUUCAUUCGAGCGACAGCGGCGCCGACAUUUCCGAGCAAAAUUACACGGAGCAACGCGAAAUGUUCCGCGAAGCGAUGCAACAUUCGUCGCGAGUCGUCGAGGAAGUCGCCGCCGAGCGAAAUGAACGAAAAACCAGUCUUCCCGACGUUUUUGGGGUCGAUUUGGAGCAAGAACAUGCUUGGGAAGCGUUUUGGGCGAAGAAUGGCGAAAGCCUCAUUUGGUCUUCGUGGAUUGAAAAGUACAGCGAUUACAUAAAUCCGGAUUAUAUGAAGCCCGAUGCGUCUCAAAAUGACGAAGAAGCGACUGUUGCGUGCGACAACGAAGUCGAGGCAGCUUGUGCGGCGCCCGAAUCCACGGGAAUUGUCAUUUCGGUGUCAAGUCCGUCGGUAGCAGCUACUUUAGAAGGCUGGAAUCCACUUUCGCCUGUCGAUGGGAACGACGAUCCGUGGCUCAGUCAUCGCAUAAAUGACACCGAUACCCUCCUAAGUCCCCGCUGUGACUCCGUAACAUCCAGUAUUCCGCUCACGAUUGGCACAACGGGCACCGAUUCCAUGACAAAUGUCACGCGCAUGACAAUCGACGAGACGUACGACGAUUUUUGCAGCAGCAAAGUCACGUCGGAGAGCAGCAACGACGCCAGCAUCAGUUCGAACGACAGCAAUUCGCAUCAAUACCCACCGAGAAAUGUGUCGGCGUGUCGCAGCGAAAGUGCCGUCGGAUUGCUGGAUGACGAUCAAGCGAUGGAUGUCGACCAGUAUUGGCAAGUGCUGUGGCAGCAACAUUUUCAGGAGCAAUAUGCCUUGCAUUACAAGAAAUACAUGGAGGCGCAGCUGAUUUUCAUGAAAAAUGACAAACAAUUGAGCAGCAGUCUCAAGAGUGAGGCGAAUUUUGGGCCUCAGACACGUUUAAGACACAAACAUCAGCACGGGCAGCACGGGCAUUUGGGACAAACGAAAAAUCGGAUGAUACGGAAACGCAAAAAUAGCGGCAGGAAGAUGCAAAAUGAAAAUUUGUCGAAUUUAGUGGCGGAAAUGUGCAUCGAAGCGGAGGAGGAAAAGACCCAAGGCAAAGAAACCGACGGAAUUGACACGAAAAACGAUGGAAACGGCGAAGGAGAAGCCUUUGAAUGCCCGGAUCUUGCAGCUUUUGGUCUUCCCACGGCUUUCGGAAAGCAAUCUACAAAGAAAAAUGACGGCAACGGCGACGAUGGAGACGAUCGGGAUCCAAAUAAUCGUCCCACAGCCUCUGUUAAACGCGCGCACGAGAACGACGACGAGAUUUCGCAGCAAGAACGCCUAAAAUCCGCCUUUGAACUCAUGGGAUACGCCUUCGACAACGACCCCGCUUCAAAAAUUGUCAUCAAAGGCGAAGUUACGUACAAGAAAAAGCACAUUCGGCUGCACAAUCGCAUGCUAAAGAUGAAACAUCAGAAGCCCCGAAGUCAUUUUUACUUUGACGACGACGGAAACGAGUUGCCCGCAUCCGAAAACAAGACAGAAACUGUCGAAGCAGCAACGUUAAUUCAUUCCUCGAGCGACGACGACUCGCACAAAGCAAUUCCGCCGCAAAGCACGCGCCUUCCAACACUUUUUCAGCAGCAGCAGCAGCAGCAACAGAAUCAGGGAAACAGCGAAUUGUCGUCUAGUCUCGAUGUGCAAGACUUGAAUGCGUCUCUCGAAACGGAAGAAUGUGCGGAUUUGCCGCACGAACAGACCCCGGAUGACGCGUCGACCGGAAAACGGGAGAAAAAGAAGAAACGCAAGACGAAAUUUGCGACAAUUUUACCGCCGGAAAUCAUCAAUGACAAGUCGCUGCUCAAAUAUUGGUACAAACGGUUCUCGUUGUUCUCGAAAUUCGACCAAGGCAUCAAGCUGGAUAAGGAAAGUUGGUUCUCCGUGACGCCGGAAAAGGUUGCGAUUCAUACGGCGGAGCGGAUCAAGUGCGAUAUUAUUGUUGAUGCGUUUUGUGGAUGCGGCGGAAAUUCCAUUCAGUUCGCAAUGACAUGCAAAAAAGUAAUCGCAAUCGACAUUGAUCCAAAGAAAAUUGAAAUGGCAAAGCACAAUGCGACAGUUUAUGGCGUCGCGGACAAAAUUGAAUUCAUUAUUGGGGAUUUUCUGACAUUAGCGAGCUCGUUAAAGGCAGAUAAUGUCUUCUUAAGUCCUCCGUGGGGUGGUCCUCAGUAUAUGAAGGACGAAAUAUACGACGUCGAAAAAUCACUUAUUCCAGUUCCAGGCUCCGAAUUGCUUGAAAAAGCUAAAAGCAUUUCCAAAAAUAUUGCAAUUUUCCUUCCACGUAACUCGAAUACACAACAGUUGGCUUUGUACGCUGGUCCCGGCAACUCUGUGGAAAUCGAACAAAACUUCCUCGACCGCAAGCUAAUCGCUCUUACUGCCUAUUAUGGGGACCUAAUCAACAAUCAAUCGUAAAAAAAUCAACAAGAAGUAUUUCUUGAUAUUAAAAAAAAUUGUAGAAAGAUAGAAAAUUUGAUAUCUUAACAAAAAAAAAUAUCGAGCAAUUAAUUUUUUUUUAAGUUUAGAAUUUUAAGGAAUUUUUUUAAAAUUUUUCUUAAAGUUUUCGUAAUUAAAAACAGGAAUUAGACUUAUUAUCUCGUCUUUCGGUGCUAAAUUAAAAAAAAAAUCAGCUUUUACUGUCAAAAAAUCUCAAAUUUUAUAAAAAAAAAUUAAAUUUUUUUCCG